CUGCAGCGCCAGUGCGCGGCCGUCACGUCCUCCCCCACCUGCUUCUACCAUAUUCUCCCGUGGCCUCCUGCCUCCUCCUGCUGCCAUUCUUGUGCAGGUUGUGCCCUCGACCAGACCACCGCUCCCUCCCUUUCUGUCUCUGGAUCUUCCUGUAUUUUACUGCGAACUCCGCCGCCAAGUCCGGAGAUGUCGUCGCACGGCCCGUGCACGGCAGCCACGUCGUCGGCAGCCGUCGGCGCUGUCGUCACUUGUUGCUCCGCCGCCAAGGACGAGGAGGAGCAGCGGCAGAGGCUGCAGGGGACAGAGAAGGAGCCAAGACGCGCGGAGGAGGAGUGCAGCUCCGCCGCGGAGCAGGAGCAGCGAGUGGAGGCGGUGGGCCGGAAGCUCAGCGAGGCGUCGUCGCUGUGCGCCACCACCAACACCAACGGGGAGGACGACGACGACGACGAUGAUGAGGAGGAGGAGGCGCCGCCCAAGGACAUCGACCUCGGCCCGCGACUCAGUAUCAAGGAGCAGCUCGACAAGGACAAGGAUGAUGAGAGCCUGAGGAGAUGGAAGGAGCAGCUCCUGGGCAGCCUGGAUUUCAGCACCGUUGGAGAGACGCUGGAGCCGGACGUGAAGAUCACGAGCUUGUCCAUCCUGUCGCCCGGGCGGCCGGACAUGGUGCUGCCGCUGCCGCUGCCUGCGGAGCCCAAGAGCAGCAGCAAGGAGCCGUGGUUCACGCUCAAGGAAGGCAGCGCCUACAGGCUCAAGUUCACCUUCUCCGUCGCCGACAACAUCGUCUCCGGCCUCCGCUACACCAACACCGUCUGGAAGGCCGGCAUCAGAGUGGACAGGACCAAGGAGAUGCUGGGCACCUUCAGCCCCCAGGCAGAGCCUUACACCUACCUGACGCCCGAGGAGACAACACCGUCUGGGAUCUUUGCCCGCGGAUCAUACUCUGCAAGAACAAAGUUUGUCGACGACGACCGGAAGUGCUACCUGGAGAUGAACUACGCCUUCCACAUCCGCCGUGAUUGGCCGUCAACCCUGACCUGAUGAGCAGCAACCACUCACUAAUUGGAAAAAGUCUACAUAACCCCCUAAACUAUCUAAGGUGGACUACUUAACCCCCCGAACUAUUAAACCGGAUAUUCUACCCCUUGAACUUUCAAAACCGGUCAAAUAACCCCCUCGAGUGGUUUUGGAGGGUGAUUUUGUGUUUUUCUUUUUUAUUUAUUUUCGCUGAAACUUUGAAAAAUCAUAAUAA